CGAAGGUGAGUUUCGCUACGCAACCCUGGACGAGUACAUCAACGAAAAAACAGCUAGCGAUAUAGAGCGGGAAGCGAUGCGAGAUAGGAUUCCUCUGGGAAGUGGCUCUUUGUUGUCGGCGGAUAAGGGUAUCUUGGCAGCUGCUAAUGAACCAGAUCGAGAUGGAACGAACGGCAACGGCCCGGCAGCUUUUUCACCGUCUUUCUGGGCAGGUCGCGGUAUACCCACUGCAGCGACUGUCACGCCAGAAGUCCUCGCGGUCAAUCAAUUAUCGGAUGACUUGGGCGAUUAUGAUACACGUUUUCUCAUCAAACGAUCGAGCAAAGAACAUAAUGCCUAUCUCGCUGCACCUGAACAACUCUUGCGGAUGGAAGCACAGGUUGCGACACGCGCUUGGGAAGCACAGAGUCAAAUUGUCACGAGUAAAUCUCAUGCUGCUACUCUUUCUGAUUGGUGGCUCAGGCAAGGAGGCACCAGAGGGGUUGAACUCAAUAGUAUACACGGAGGAAACUCGUUGACGCUGCA